CGUCAAAUUGCGUUGCACCUGAACGCACGAGUCCACGCUACAACACGACCACUACCAGCUCGUUCGUGAAUUUUUUUUUCAAUUUUUCUUCGUCUCUUCUUCGUUCAGAAAGAGACAGAGACAGAGAAAGAGAGACAGAGAGAGAGAGAGAGAGAGAGAGAGAGAGAGAAAGAGACUGAUACAAAAACAGUAGCAGAGAUAGAAAGAAAAACAGAAGGAAAGAGAAAAAGAGAGAGAGACAGAUAUAUACUUUCUUUUUUUUUUUUUAUUUUUCAUUUAAAAGUUUAUAUUAAAAAGUCAGAAGAGGACAUGAGGCGAGGAUCGGUGUCGACUUGGGAAAAUUUUGGGAGGAGAAGCUCUGCAAACAUGGCACAGUUUAUCGGUGGACCUGCACAAUUUAUGACAAGCGACGAUAUCAAAUACAGGCCAACCGAUGGUUGGUUCGUAUCAUACAAAAAGGCAGCCAGUAUCGUAAUAUUUCUUAUUUUUGUCUUGAUCGUUGCUGGCCUAAUCGGUUGGUACAGUCAUUCGACACCGACAAAACGGGUGCACGAUGCAUUGAGCUUGAUAAACGAUGGAUCGACAAAAGAAAUGGCUAAACCCAGUCAUAUUUCUCCUCACGUUCGUCCAUUAAAAUAUUGGCUUUAUUUUAAACCUACGAUCAUGGAUUACAAUAAUAUUAAUAAUAAUGAUAAUAACAGUAACACUAAUAAUUCGUCCAUAUUGACCGGACGAGUUAUCAUAGAAUUUCAAAUCGAAUCUUCCAAUCGAUUGCAAAAAUUAUCAUUGAACGCCGUUAAUAUCACUAUGAAACGAUACGAGUUGUCGCUCUCGAUCGACGAGGAUUCCAAAGUCUCGAAGAAAAGAUAUAAAAGAGCAAACGAGACCAACCUCGUCGUUGAAAACAACGAAAAGAAUAGCCAAAUAAUCGACAAUCUCUUGGGAGAAAACGAUACAACCUGGGACGAUAAAAAUUCUACGAUCGCUACGGACGAAUCGAAUAAGGUUAUCGUGAACUUAGAAAACGAUCCUAAUAUCCCUUUGGAAAAUGGAACCUACGGGAAAGAAGAAACUGGACUUGUCCCGGCAAAUGGCACUUCGCCGACCGACUUCAAAGUGUCCAAGAUCAAAGACGACUGGUUUUCCGUGAAUGGUAUAGGAAAGGCAGACGAAAUCGUUCAGAUAAAGGAAUACGAAAUAGACCGAGUGAAUGGGCUUCACGUGAUACAUCCAACGAAAAAGCUCGAACGUGGUGUUUAUUUUUUGAUGAUCGAUUUCGAAGCAAAUCCAUCGAACGAUGUCCUUUACGUCGUUGAUUCGAAUACCAACGAAGAAAAAAAGAGGAUGAUGGGAACGUUAUUAAAAACGGCAGAAGCCAGUCGUUUAUUUCCUCUUUUCGACGAGAUAUACCUCAGAGCGAUUUUCUCUUUAUCCGUUGAGCGUCCCAAGGAGAUGAGAGUUUUAUCGAAUAUGCCUUUGAGGAGUACGAAGGAUACUUCAGAUAAUUGGCUGAUCGAUACGUUCAACGAUACUCCCCUGAUAUCGCCCCACAAUUUGGCCUUCGUCGUUGGUAACCUCGAGGUAGUGGAUCAAACAUCGAUCAAUUCGGGAAUGUCUGUUAAAUUUUGGGCCGAGUUCAACACGACUUCUCAGGGAUUCUACUUGUUGGACAAGGUCGAGCCUACGAUAGUUGGUUUGACCGACGUAUUGUCGAUCCCUUAUUGGCUACCAAAGUUGGACUUGGUUUGUCUACCUUGGAAAAUCGUUAGAUCGUCGGGAAAUCCUGGUCUUAUCACUAUGCGGAAGUCGUUGUUUUACGCCGACGAUCGAUCGCCCUUGGUUACGAGAACGGAAGCCUUGAAGACAUUAAUAGGUUUGCUCGGAGAACAAUGGCUCGGCGGUAGGGUCAACAUGAAAAGUUGGACGAACGUUUGGAUAUUGGAAGGAUCGUUACUUUAUUUUCGACAUCUGUUGAUCGAAAAGAUAGAUCCGUCAUUGGGAUCCGCUCAUUCCUUUGUCACCGACGUUGAAACGAAAGCGAUGGAGUCCGACGGAUACGAUUCUUCAAGAUCGUUCCGAGUGAAAAUCAAUCCUCUUCGCGUAAGGUUGUUGUCCAUGGCACGUAAUAUGAGAGGAGCAUGUCUGAUUCGCAUGUUGCAUGCCACGAUAAGCAAUGAUACCGCCUUUAGGAUCGCCUACAAGAAACUUCUAACGAGGUAUCAAAACGACGGAAGCGUCGACGCGAGAGAAUUUUGGAAUUUCAUGAACGAAGAAGCGAGAGAAUUUCCGGACAACUUAUCUCCGAAGGAAAUGAUAGAUACUUGGAUUUCUCAAACUGGGUAUCCUCUCGUUACCGUUUUGAGGAAUUAUGAAGAAGGAUCUGCCAUCGUCAGACAGAAAAAGUUCUCUUACGAUGAGCCAACGGCGGAAAAGAAUGAUUUAUGGCAUAUACCUUUGACUUAUGUUGGAAUUAACGACGAUUGGUCGAGUCCUAAAAAAGAAUGGCUCAAAAAGGAAAGGGAACAAAUCUUUCAGAACGUUACUACGAUCGAUAAAAUAAAUGGUACCGAUUGGAUCUUGUUUAACGUCAACAAAACUGGUUACUAUCGUGUUAAUUACGACGAAAAAAAUUGGCUACUACUCGCAAUGGCGUUGGAUGAAAAUCACGAGGCUUUUCCAGUAGAGACCAGAGCGUCCCUCGUGGACGAUGUCUUUGCUUUGGCAGCAGUUGGCUCUUCGAAAUAUGAGACGGCUUUUGGCUUUAUUAAAUAUAUGCAAAUGAAGGAAAGACAUUACGCACCAUGGAGCGCUUUCGCGCAUCACGUUUUCAAAUUAAAUAACGUUCUUUAUGAGACCUCCGCCUUCCUCGACUUUCAGGAAUUUCUACAAAAAUUGAUUACGCCAUUGUACAACGAGGUGGCAGAGAAUCUCGAGGAAGGAUCACCGCUUACGUUAUUCGCUGUAAAAUUAGCAUGUCUUUCGGAACAUUCCAAGUGUCUCGAUUGGGCUAAGCAAAGUUUCGUCCAAUUGAAGAGAAAUCCUUCCUUCAAGCACGGCAUUCCGAUGUACAUACGUCGAACGUUGUAUUGUACGAUCGCAAGACACGGUGGUCGAAACGAGUGGGAUUAUAUUUAUCAAAAAGCACGAAACAGCAUGAAAGCUGAAGAAAAAUAUAAUCUUUUGUCUUCCUUCGGUUGUUUCCAAAUUCCAAGUGUUCUGCAGUCAAUCAUCGAUGAGAUUCUUCAGGAUGAUAAAUAUAACGACGAUGAAAUAUGUAUGAUAUUAAAAUCCUUUUCGAUGAAUCCAAUCGCAUCUCGAGUGGCUUAUAAAUCUAUUAUGUAUAAUUGGAAGAACAUUCUAAGAAGGUUUCACGACUCUUAUUCCGUAAUAAGGUCUUUCAUCUUGGCGAUGAUGAAUAGUGUUACGAACGAACAGGAUUUAAUGGAUCUUCACACCUUUUGGGAAAAUAAUUACGAAUCCAUAAAGACUGUGAAAUAUGCUGCAGCUUUGGUCGAGUCUAAAGCGAAUCUCGCAAUUUCGUUGAUUAAAAAUUAUUCCCACGAGAUAAAGGAAUGGUUAAAGGACAAUAAUGAUUCGGGUGCUUAAUUCGCAAGGUUAGAAAAAAAAAAAGAAAAAAAAUAUUUUGGAAUUUAUAUUUCUUCAUAGAGACGAGCCAAGUAUUCCCGUCGUAAUGAAUUACACGAGACGUUGAGAUAUAAGACUUUUAUGCUAGCACCAUUGUCGCAUGCAUCUCGUGAGAUUAUUAGAUCAACAGAGAAAUAAGAAGAAGAAGAAGCAGAAGAAGAAGAAAAAGGAGAAGACAAAAAAAAACAAAAAAACAAACAAACAAAUGAAUAUAAAAGGAUCAUUUAUCCUUUCAUUAGUUGAAA